AUGGAUCUUGACGAGUCCGGUGUGCACGAGGAGGGAUUCUACAGUGAUGAGCCUGAAUUCCAAGAUGGCGAUAUUGAUGACCCGCUGAAUGAGGGCGAGGCCGGAGACGACAUGGAACAAUAUGGCGAUGAACAGGUGGUUCACUCGAGCGCUGGUGGCACGGUGCCUCCUCACAAGGACAAUAUUGGAAAGCCAAAUGAGGAGAGGAUCACCACGCCUUAUAUGACCAAAUACGAGAAAGCCCGUAUCCUCGGCACGCGCGCCCUGCAGAUCAGGUAUGUGGGAACUGCGUAUAGCCGGGUGAGUGCUAACGCUUGCCAGUAUGAAUGCGCCUGUGCUGGUCCCUACCGAGGGUGA